AUGGCUGCAGUGGUGGAGGGGCUGGAGCCCGACGCGGCAGCAGCUGCUGCCACAGAAGAAGCAAAGGAUGCUACAGGGGAGGCUGUGGCCACCGUGCCCCACCUCCUGGCAGGAAACAGCUUGAACCUGGAUCGGUACCCGGAGGGCUGCCGCCGCCUACUGUACCUCUGUGCCCAGCAGCGUCCUCAGCUGCUGGAGGUGCAGUUCCUGCGGCUGAGCCCCCACGAGGACCCUUGGCUGCUGGAAACAGCCUUGGCCCAGGUGCCGGACAGACUACCCAACCUCCACUCCCUGGUCCUCAAAGGUGGGCAACGCCGGGACAAACUGGGUGCCUUCCUCCGGGGCUGCCUGACCUCGCUACCCACCGGCCUCAGUGGCCUGGCCGGCCUGGCCCACCUGGAUCUGAGCUUCAACAGCCUGGGCACCGUGCCUCCUUGCGUGCCCCAGCUCCGAAGCUUGGAUGCCCUUCUCCUCUCCCACAACUGCCUCUCUGAGCUGCCUGAGACCCUGGGGAUGCUCCCCUCCCUCACCUUCUUUGCGGCGAGCAACAACCGUCUGGCAGCACUGCCUACUGCACUGGGGGGCCUUUCCACCCUGCGGCACCUCGAUCUUUCUGAGAAUCUUCUGGACACGGUGCCCCCAGAAAUUGGAGACCUGAGCAGCCUCACAGAGCUCAACCUGGCCUCCAACAGGCUGCAGAGCCUGCCAGGCUCCCUCGCGGGGCUGCGGUCACUGCGGCUGCUGCUCCUAUAUAGCAACCUCCUGACCUCUCUGCCUGCUGACCUCAUCCACCUCCCCCUGCUUGACCGGCUCGACCUGAGGGGUAAUCAGCUGCGGGAAGUGCCCCCAGAGUUCCUGGACGCCCCCUUCGUACGGCUGCAGGGUAACCCCCUGGGCGAAGCUCCACCAGGCCCCCUGAGCCUCCCAGAGAAGCCUUUGCUUCCAGAGAUGCCUAGGCUGUUCCUGAGCACAGAGCUGGACAGCUUCUCAGUCCCCCCCCAGGGCUGCUCUGUGACGCUGGCCUGUGGCAUCCGCUUACUCUUCCCUGCGGGGGCCACCAACAACCCCCUCACCAUCCAUUACCGGCUGUGGCCUCCUGAGCCCCACCUGGCGCCCCUGGGACCUCAUGACUCCUUGCUCAGCCGCGUCCUGGAGCUGGAGCCCCACGGGGUGACCUUCCAGCAGGACGUGGUUCUCUGGCUUCUCUUUGUGCCUCCCCGGGCCCGUCAUUGCCGGGAGGUGGUGGUCAGGACCCUGAGUGAAGACCGCUGGACUGACCUGGACACCCAGCUGGAGCAGACUCCCAAGCGACUCUGGGCUCGCUGCCAGGUGCCCCACUUCUCCUGGUUCCUCGUGGUUUCUCGUCCUGUGUCCAACACCUGCCUGGUACCACCAGAGGGUACACUGCUCAGCUGUUCUGCAGACCCCGGGGUCAAGGUCACAUUCCCUCCUGGGGCCACGGAGGAGCCUCGUAGGGUCCGAAUGCAGGUGGUACACAUGGCCAGCCAUGAGCUGCAGGGACUGCUGGGGGACCCUGAGGUGGCUGUCAGUCCCUUGUUGUGCCUCUGGCAGAGUGGCACCCCUAACUUUCUCCAGCCUGUCACCGUGCAGCUGCCCCUUCCCCCAGGGGUCACAGGCCUGAGUCUGGACCGCUGCUGUCUGCACCUGCUGUACUGGGCCCCUCCCUCGGCCACCUGGGAUGACAUCACAGCCCGGGUGGCUCUGGAGCUCACCCACCUGUACGCCCGCUUCCAGGUCACACACUUCUCCUGGUACUGGCUCUGGUAUACCACCAAGACCUGUGUGGAGGGCCUGGCACGCAAGGCCUGGCAGCGUCUGCGGCUGCACCGUGUCAACCUCCUCGCCCUGCAGAGACGCCGGGACCCUGAGCAGGUCUUGCUGCAGUGCCUGCCACGUAACAAGGUGGACGCCACCUUGAAGAGACUGCUGGACCGGUACCGUGGCCCAGAGCCUUCGGACACUGUGGAGCUGUUUGAGGGCGAGAAGUUCUUUGCAGCCUUUGAGCGUGGCAUUGAUGUGGAUGCAGACCGUCCAGACUGCGUGGAUGGCAGGAUCUGCUUCGUCUUCUACUCCCAUCUGAAGAACAUGAAGGAGGUGUACGUGACCACUGCCCUGGACCGGGAGACUCAGGCUGUGCGGGGCCAGGUGUCCUUCUACCGGGGUGAGGUGCCCACUGAGGUGCCCAUGGAGGCCCAGGCUGCCCGCCAGAAAAAGGUCACAGACACCCUGUGGAUGGCCACUCUGCCCAUCAAGCUGCCGAGACGGCGUGGGGCUGAGGGGCUGCGGUCAAGGGCCAGCCUCUCCUUGGCACCCCUGAACUUGGGCGAUGCUGAGAGUGGUUUCCUGACACAGAGCAACCUGCUGGGCGUGGCCGGGCGCCUGGGCUCGGACUGGCCAGCUGUGGCCCUGCACCUUGGCCUGCCCUACCGCGAGCUGCAGGCCAUCCGCCACCAGUUCCGGGAUGACCUGGACGGGCAGAUCCGACACAUGCUCUUCUCCUGGGCGGAGAGGCAAGCUGGACAGCCAGGUGCUGUGGGGCGCCUGGUGCAGGCGCUGGAGCAGAGUGACCGGCGGGACGUGGCUGAGGAGGUCCAGGCCAUCCUGGAGCUUGGCCGCCAGAAGUACCAGGCUGGCAUCCGGCGCACAGGCCUGGCCCCCCAGGGGCCCUCAGACCUUGCCCCACCUAGCCCUUCAGCCACACUGACCCGAGAGCCCACCGGGUCGGAGGCCCACAGGGCUCCCCACCUCCCCGUGGGGUUAAAUGAUCCCCCCCCUGAACAAUAA